UUGGAUUGUUGUCAUUAUCGUAUUGACGAUCCGGAAUUGGAGAUUGUUGGGAUACUUAAUGGAGAAUUAAUAGUCCUGGAAAUGAGACUGUAAGUGGUUUUCUAAGGUUUUAGUAUAAAUAAUUACACUUAUCAGUUAAAUUGUAUAAUAUGUGUGUUUUUUUUUUUUUUUUUUUAAUUUAAUCAUAGAAACGUGUGUCAAGUGAUAAUAAAUAACGAGUACACCACGGACAAAAAUGAGGAACCGGAUGUCGAAGAACCCGAGUCGGUGGAUUCUUCCGGUAAUCAGUUUAGUGUUCAAGUUUCGAGUUCUUUGACGGCUGACCGCAUUCCGCUGUCGAUUCCUAUUUAUGUAUCGUUUUCACAAUCGGGCGAUAAUACUUUACAAAGUAUCGGUAAAUAUACAUUCUAGGAUAGAACUCUGUAUUAAAACUAUAACAGAUACCCACCGGCCUCCUAAUAAAUUAUUGUUGAUUUAAUGUAGAUUCGGAUGGCGAAGAACCCGAGUCAACAGAUUCUUCAGGUAAUCAGGCUUGUGUUCAAGCUUCGAGUUCUUCAACGGCUGACAUCGUUUCACCGUCGUUCCCCCUUUACGUUUGGCCCUCAGAGACAGGAGAUAAUGCCACCCAAAUUAUCG